AAUUCAUUUAUUCUUGUGGGAUAUUGGUUUAAACCAGAAAGCAGCUGUUAGAAAAUGAAUAUUUACAUAUUGAAAGUAAAAACAGACAGACUUUCACUUGGGUGAGACGUACGGCGGCGGCUAAGGAGAAGCUAGAGGAAAAAGAUAACUGCACUAUGACAAGCUUCCGUGACAUAAUUCUGUGGCGUGACAUCAAAGUCACGACCAUAGUUUUCGUUAGUGGUUUUAUCUUCCUGGUAUGUUUGACUCAGUUCAGUCUCCUUACUGUGUUAUCGACUUCAUCAAUGGUCAUCCUUGUUCCCAUGCUGGUACUCAGGCUACUCUUUACUGCACGGUCAGCAUUUUGGAAGACAGAGUUUAAGCACCCUUUCCACUCCUACCUGGACAAGGAUAUUAACGUUUCCAAGGAUAACGCAACUCGUUUUGGUGAAAAGGCCGCUGAAUAYGUUGCAAACCUCGCAGAAAACAUCAGAAGUUUGUUGUUGGUGGAAGAUCUAGCCGACUCAGUCAAGCUUCUAAUGCUGUUGUACAUCCUAUCAUAUGUCGCACAAUGGUUUAGUGGUGUUACACUUACUUUCGUUGCCUUCAUUGGUUUGUUUACGAUCCCAAAGAUUUAUGAUAUGUACAAGGUUGAAAUCAACAAAGCCCUGGAGAAGAUUCAAAAAGCAAUCGAUGAUCUUCUAGACAAGAUCAAUGCAGCAGUACCAGUCUCAAGGGGGAAACCAGCUACAGCUAAGGACACCAAGAAGCCAGACCAAGAAUCGGAGAAAGAUAAAUCAGCUUGAAACUAGAUAUCAAAAAUAACACUAGGGCCGUAACCAGGGGGGAGCACAGGGUGCACGUGCAUCCCCCCCCCCCCAUAAAAGCUUAAGGUCCACUCAUCUAUCUCCUUUUGCUUUAAAAUUGCAUGUAAAUGUUUUUUGAUUGAAUGAAGACCACUUUCCAUCUGCA